CACUAUCAAUGUAGCUAUAUAUGUAGAUAUAAGACUCCUCUUUCUUUCCCGUGGGUGUUGUGUGAGGCGACUAAGGGAGCUUAAUAGUUGAGGGAUGGGCAGCAGGCUCCCUCUUAAAACAUCACCAAAACUGCGGUCGACACCCCGCCUGCCAAGCGUGGCAACUUCUGGCAAAACCUUCUUUAUGGGGGAGGCAUAUGUUCAGCAGUGGACAGUUAAAGGCUGACAUGAUGAUGAUGAUACAAUUAAAUAAUCGCUGGAUACCUCAUUCAGUAUAUACCAUUCUAAAGAGAGUAUUCUUUAUUUGUUGCCUUAAAAUAUGAAAUAACAAGAGACUGCAUAAAUUAUAUUAAACGAAUGAUCUGCGCCGGCAUUAUUACCUAGCGAUUUAACGAGGCUAAUGAAUUAUUAUCGGUCACAUUUGUAAUUAAGUCAUCGGUGAAAGACAUAUCACGUUCGCUUGACCCCUGCUGGCGACCCGUAUUGUUGGGCGCGGCGACAGCGCAGUUGCCAUUCGCAGCCCGUGACAGUGUCUGCUGCCAUGUCGCAGAAUAAGUUUACACGGAAAGAAAUCGAGGGUCGGAACCGUAGAGGGGACGCCGCAUUUGUGAUCGACAAUGUGGUGUACGACGUGACGCGAUUCCUUCAGGAGCACCCGGGGGGCGCGGAGGUGCUGCUCGACCACGCGGGGGGCGACGCCUCGCGGGGCUUCCACGACGUGGGACACAGCGAGGAGGCGCGCCAGCUCAUGGCGCAGUACGCGGUGGGCGAGGUGGUGCAGCACAACCGGCGGCGCGGCGGCGUGGCGUCCACCGACGAGGCCUCCGCCAGCGACGAGGGCGCGCGCACUGCCAGCCUGCUGGCGACGCUCGGCCCGCCGCUCGCUCUCGCCGCCGUCGCCAUACUCCUCUACUUGUUUCUCCUGUAGAACUCUACUGCAAUAGUCUCCAUUGUGACUGUACUCGUAUCUAAAAACGUUACAACUAUUUAGUAAUAGCCAAUUUAGUUAGGGAAAGUUACCUUACUAGAAUAUUCAUUAAACGAAUGAUGUGCCGUAUUUGUGCA